CUCGUCGUAUCUUGUCUCUAUCUCUCUGUUUCCCAUGUCUCUUAAUUUUGCGAAGGAUCUACCUUUGGAACUUGGCUCGCAAGCUUGUCCCAUGCUCGAGGACGGGGAGAGCUCCGAUUCGAUGGGGAGCUACUCAAGCAGCUUUCUUUCUUUCUUCUCCGGACACCACUUCAGCGCCGGUGGGAACAGAGAAUCGCUUUCUUUCGUCGACUACGGAGCGGUCUCUGUUCCGGGCCCUUCGGUGCUCAGCUUCGAGCACGAGGACAGGGACUGGGUCGACGCCAUCGAGCAAAGUUGCAAACUUGAGAUCAGUGGAUGUACGAUGGCUCGUGAGCAGGACAGCUUUGGGUUCGCCUUCCCAUCAUCUCGCGGAAAGAGACAAUGCGACCAGUUGCAGGAUUCGCGCGAGAUGCCGAGCCCCAAAAAGCAGUGCAGCAGGAAGGUGAAGGAGAAAUCCAUCAGUCUGCAGUCCAAGGACUCGCAGAGUGUAGCAGCAAAGAAUCGGAGGGAAAGAAUUAGCGAGCGGCUCAAAAUUCUACAAGAUCUCGUCCCCAACGGCACAAAGGUUGAUCUGGUGACCAUGCUGGAGAAAGCAAUCAGCUAUGUGAAGUUCCUGCAGUUACAAGUGAAGGUGUUGGCCACUGAUGAGUUUUGGCCAGUGCAAGGGGGAAGAACACCAGAUAUAGGGCAAGUAAAGAAAGCAAUUGACGAUAUCUUAUCCUCUCAGAGAGACAGGAACUCCAGCUCUAAUAAACACUGAAAACUAUGCAGGAGAAAUCGAUUCCAUGUUUUUUCUUCUUCUUUUCUCUCUAUCGUUUCUGACAUGUAUUCAGAUAUAAGCUCAAUAAACUAAUUCUAGCAACUUAAUUGCUGCAGAAUGCUUGAUACUCA